GCGCCCGCCAUGGCCCGGCGCUGGUGGCUCGUCGCGGUGCUCCUAGCCUGCGCGGCCGCGGAGGCGCCGCUGCGCUGGGAGCCGCGGUGCCGGCAGCAGCUGCGCCACCUGCAGGACGGCGCCAGGAUCGCGGCGCGGCUGCCGCCCCGCCUGGAGGGGCACUGGGUCUCCACCGGGUGCGAGGUGCGGCCGGGCCCCGAGUUCCUCACCAGGUCCUACCUCUUCUACUCCAACCGCCUCUUCAAGGCCCACCAGUUCUACUACUGGGACCCGUCCUGCCGCGAGCCCUCCUACUCCCUCGUCAUCAAGGGCAAGCUGCGGCUGCGCCAGGCCUCCUGGAUCACCCGCGGCGCCACCGAGGCCGACUACCACCUGCACAAGGUGGGCAUCGUUUUCCACAGCCGGCGCGCCAUGCGGGAGGUCGCCGCCUGGAUCAACCGGACCUCGGGAGCGGGCUGCAGCGGCUUCCUGCCCCCGGGGCGCAGCUGGGCUCCCGGGGCGCUCUACGAACUGCUGAGCGCCAAGACGGAGCGCGACUGCACCGCCGCCCUGGGCUUCGCCAUGCACGAGCUCAGCCUCGUGCGGGUGGAGCAGCACCACCAAGCCUUGCUGCAGCCCCAGCAGCGCGGCAGCCGGCUGGUGGAGGAGCUCUACCUGGGGGACAUUCACACCGAGUGGGUGGAGAGGCUCCACUACCGGCCGACCGGUUAUCAGCGACCUCUGCAGAACGCCGUGCACCACAUGCAUCCGUGCCCAGCCUGCGGGAUUAUAUACAGAGCUGACGAACACCAUCCGCCCAUAUUACCCGUGAGAGCUGAGCUGCCGAUGCAGCUGAGCGGCAGCUGGGUGAGCACCCACUGCGAGGUCCGGCCGGCCGUGCUUUUCCUAACCAGGUACUUCAUCUUCCACGGUAGCAAUCACACCUGGGAAGGUUAUUACUAUCACUACUCCGACCCUCUCUGCAAGCAGCCGACUUUCACCAUCUACGCGUCCGGGCGUUACACCCAAGGCAUCCCCUCCUCCAAAGUGAGGGGUGGCACCGAACUGGCUUUUAAAGUCACCCAGGCUCGGGUGACGCCGAUGGACCAGGUGACGGUGAUGAUGCUCAACUCCUCGGAGCCGGGAAGCUGUGGGCUCACAAAUUCCUGGCGCGCUGGGAUGGAGCAGGAUAUAACGCCCACGAAUGGAUGUUUGGCUUUGGGCAUCAAGCUGCCCCACACAGAGUACGAACUUUUCAAAACGGAGCAAGAUGCCAAAGACCGCAGCUUGCUGUUCAUUGGCGAAAGGCCCACAGAUGGAUCCAGCCCCGACCAUCCAGACAAGCGACCCACGUCGUAUCAGGCACCUCUAAUUCAGUGUGCUGGGGCAUCAGAGGAAUUCUCUAAAUAUGUUAGUCUGAAAUACUUGGGAAAACAGGAUGCUAAUGGGAACGAAGCACUAAAACCUUUGCCUGUGGCCUUUUUAUUGUUUAUAGCACUGCAGGUUUUAAGAUGGGACUAGCUGUCUGUUCAGGUACAGCACAGAAUUCAGAUAGUCCUGGUGCUAGGGUGAUUUUAUAUCCUUCAGAUGAGCACAUCUGGAAUCAGUUUUGCUUAGAUUUGGAAACACUUUGAAAAAAAAAAAAGCAGUGAGCAAAGCCAAGAAGAUAUGCCUGACUAUAUACUGUUUGUGCUGUGGCUUUAUUGCCUAAUCUUCCCUCUUUGCCUACAAAUCUAAUGUGGUGAGAUGGAAGCAUUGCACAUUGCAAUAGAUAAUUUAGCAAUAAGAGAGAAAAAAAAAGCUACAUCAAUUACAAUUGCUGCUUUGAGCUUUUGACACUGCUAAGAUAUAAUCAAGAGCUUGAUUCAGAUGUAAUUCAAACAUCCAAAGUGUUGGCUGCUGAGUUUCUUUUAGGUUACAUUCCCUCCCGUCAUACUCCUCAUUGCUGUUUUUGAAAAUUCAGAUCUGCAGUGUCAGUCAGCAAUAGUCAGCAAGUGCUCUUGAUAAGGGCACUGUUAAUAUUUCCUUCCUCAGUUUAUAGACUUCUCCUGCAGUUUUCAUGUAUAUGUACACGGACAGAUAUGCAGUGUACAGUUUUCCACUUAGGUAUGUGCAAAAAAGCAGCCCCCACUGAACAUUACCUGGACAGACUGCUGUGCCUGGCCGUGGUCAGAUUACGCAGUAAGUGGACAAAGUCUCUGUGCCCGACUGCUCCCAACCUUCAGCUGCACGGAGCUGCGGGCACCGCGUCCGUGUUGCGUUAUUCUGGCCUUUCCCAUCACCUGCACCGGGCCGCGCUUUGGGAAGGGGGCAGCGGCCACGUUACUGCCGCCCUUGUCCAGCCAGCAAAGCACGGCCAGGCAGCCAGCGGCUCCUGCUCGUCACGGAGCUCACGGAGCCAAAGAGCGCGUAUAGUGCAAGCCUUCUUAGGCCAUGUAUUUUCACUGUCUCCUCUUUAGUAAGUGUUCUGGCACAGAAAUUAUUAAUUUAGCUCUCAAUCCAGCCACAUUUAUGUAAGGAUGUUUCAUAGAUUUGCCAUUAGUGAACAAGGUGCUGAGGAAAUACUCUGCUCAGAUAGCACAUCAGGUCAAACUGAUUUCUAGUGACAAGAAGGACAAAGUAAGAAGUUAUAUUCCUUUGUCUGCUGCAGUUAAGAAGCAUGUAACUUACUUGGAGAAGACCUCCUCCCAGUAGCUAAAUCCUCUCCAAACAAGCCUAUAUAUCUUAUUCGCCAAGGAUAUUUUGUUAAACUAGCUAUGCAAUAGCUACCUUCUUAAUACUGUAUUUACAAACCUGCAGCUUGUACUUAGAUAAUUUAUGGGUUUUAUAACAUAUAAAUACUUCUGGGGGAUCUGUACAUGAACAAAUAAUUCAAAUGAGAUACUUAUUAAAUGCAUACAAUUGUGAUAUAAA